AUGCAAAUAACUGAGGAUAUUUUAGCUGUUUUAGUUACUUUUGAAAAAGAAUUACAAAAAGAAAUAAAAGAGGAAGAUAAAACAAAAAAUAUUAAACAAAAUUCUAAACAAAUUUUGAAUAAUUCAAAUAAAUUAAAACAAGAAUUUGAUAUCCCUAAAGGAAGAUCAACAAAAAGACGAAAUCCUGACAGUUAUGGAGAGGAAGGAAAUUAUAAUACAGGGAAGAAUGAAUAUAUUGUAGAUGAAGAAGAGAAAGGUGAAAUUGAAGAAGAGGAUAAUGAGCAACAAGAACGUCUAAGAAUUAAAGAUUUGCCUUUUUUGAGGGGUGCAAGUCCAGAUGUAAUUGAUUUAUUUCGAAAAGUUAUUGAUGAUCCAGAAUUUCCUACAGAAAAACGUAGACUGGAAGAAAUUCAAUUACUGGCAGUUUCUUACUUGAAUGCUCGACAAUUAGCCAAAUUCGAUGCAUGGGCAACAACGAGGAGAAAGUGAGUUUUUGGGAGGGAUUCUUAAAAUUAUUUUAAUUCUCGAAAAUUUAUCUUAAAGAAUACCUUAUUUUUCCUAAUAAAACAACAUUUCCUAACAUAAACGAAAAUGAAGCGAUAACUGAAGUGAUAAUCUAGUCAAGACAUAAUUUUGUUUAGGUUUAUGUAUGUAUAGUGUGGUGUUAAAAAUAUAAGUGAUACUCGAAGCGAGUAGAAAAAUCUCCCUAACAUUAUUAAAGGGGAUGAAAAAAAGCAAACAUUGUUUUUUAAGAUAAAUAUGGCAAAUGUUUUGGAAGAUUAAUAUUCAAUAAUUCUGUAGAAAGAAAGGGGAGGGGGGAUUUAGUUUAAAAAUAAAACCGGUGAGCAUGUAAUGUUCGAAUAUAAUUUAAUUAAUAUUUUUGGUACUAUAGUCUUAUCUCCCCACAAGUCCGCGACUUUUUGUCCGCAAACUUUUCUUCUCCUAUUCUUUCUCUUUGCCUCUACACAGCAGUAUCAGCCCGUUGACGCACGCGUGAA